GUCGACUAUGACAACAAGUGUUACUGUACAGUACGGACCGUCAACCGUAAAUCUGACUCCACCAACUGUGACCUACACUCCCACAGAAGGACAGACUAUCCCAACCAUCACGUGUUCUGCUGACUGUAACCCGGCCUGUACCUACAGCUGGACAAAGGAUGGACAAUCCAUUACAACAGGGUCAAAUCUCCAAAUCACCAACAUACAGCGUGGUCAGGGGGGCGUGUACAGGUGUACGGCCAGUAAUGGGUACGGGAGUGACGUCAGCGUCAAUGUCAACGUCAUUGUAGAUUUGAACCCAGGAAUCCCAAACAGUCUGUUAAUUGGCUGUACUGAUGCCAGUUCUGCUGAGGUAUCGUGGAGCGACGGAGGGGACUCUCAGUAUUACCGUGUUAUGUUCAGCACAGACAGGUUUCUCAACUCACAAGAAGUUUAUCCAGUGAUGAUUACAAAACACACAGACGGAAGUGACGUGUAUAGUCAAAUCAUAGACAAUCUGGAUGGAGGCCAUGUGUAUUUCUUUAAGGUUGUAGCGUACAAUAAGUAUGGAAACACAACAUCGGCGGAUACUGUCGGCUGUACUGUGUAUACACCAUGCUCCAGUGGAACUGACAGUAUGUAUGUCGCAGGAGUUGUACUGGCAGUCACUGGCGUUCUCACGCUUUUGUUCUCGGUUGAUAUCGUGCUAUAUUUCACACGAAAUGGAAGACUAUGCCAUAGAAAAAGUCAGCUUCCAAAACAGAAGGAAUGCCAGGAUAUGCAACUUUCGGAUCGAGGUGGCAGACCUCAAAGCGGAAAUGAAAGAUCUCCAUAUCAACAACUUGAUACUAAUGAGGUUGUCAAGCCGUCCGUGUACUCUGAAAUCGGAGGACACCAUCAUGUUAACCAAAUUGAUCCUGACAAUGAAGGAGAUGGUGGAAAGUACGAGUCGUUGGAGGGCCGUUCGAAUCCAAACGUUUAUGAAGAACUUCAUACUACAACGUCUGGUAACAGAGGGACAUAUAUCAAUACUACCAUCGCUUGUAGUGAUUAGUGUUCAUACAACAUCAUGAAACUCAGUGAGGCGAUGUUUCACCAAGGUGUGGUUGGAGACAGGAGAUCAAGGGAGACAUUGUCCAGGUGUUAUAUUUGUGAAAUGAAACCUUGACUGUUUUACUUUCAUUGUCGUUUUCAAAUGCAUAAACACACAACUAGCAUCAAUUCAUAUGGAGUAAAUAUAUAAAUCACUAAUCAGUAUCAUAAAAGUGACACGGGAUACCCUAUCGAUUUCUCCUCACAUAGUAAAAUGUGAACACAGAACUUAUUAACUGAAUUAAUUGUAAAUUCAUCGUUUAUCUCUCUUAACGAUUAAAUCACCAUCGGUACUUUUUCGAAAGUUAGCCAGUUAACUGCUGUCAACUCUAUUUUAGCCUGUUUUGAAAUAUCUAGUUGAUUUAGAAUGUGUUUUUCUGCAUAAUAAAAAUUCUGCUAAAGUGUUUUGAGCUGAUCUUAAAGCAUAAUCAAGCAAUUUCUGUUUCGAACAUGUGUGUGCAAGUGAAUUGAUAUUUCCUUAUAGCAUUAUUGACAUACUUAUUGGCCGCCUUAAUUGCUCUGUGUGAUACAAAAUACAAUUAGUUAGCGAUGCCUGAGUUAUGUAUCUCGGGUUAAAGUACAACCUUUUGGGUUUGUUUAAUGAUAUUUUAUUAAGCUAAUUCAGAACAAGGUAAUAUAACUUCGAGACGAAAAGUUCCGUCGGAAAAUGCAUAUCACCAUAUCCGACCACUGCGAUGGAAAUGCAUAUCAAAUCUUUCUUCUGGGUGUUCGAUUAGAUGAACAUGCAGAAAUCGUCCGAGGUGUUCCGACUCACAUCUCAGCAGACGACCACUUCCUUUGUUAUCGCCGGUGAUAAUGUCAGAGGGUGAAUGUGUGUUGAAUUCAUCAGUAUUAAAUCAUGAACAUCCAAGCAACAAAAGGAAAAACAUCUUACGUGUGAUAUGCAGUUAUUCUCAUAGUGAUUGAAAGUUAUCAAUCUAAAAGGAAGAGUAACCGAUACGUAUGUAGCCAUACAGACCGGUUAGUCGCAGUAGCUGUUGGUUUUUAUUUGUUGAACUUUUUUCUAUUGAAAUAAAUAUAGUUAUUAUGAUUGACCGUCUUUUUUCUGUUUAAUCCAAAUUGUAUCCAACGUUAUUUGAAGAAAGCAUCAAAUGAUAAUGAAACGACGUUAUAUGAGAGGGAACAGUUAUAGUUGUUGUUAUUUUUUUUAAAGACUGAAGUAAUGGAAUAUUCCUUUUUUCUGUUUAACAAAACAUCUGUGUGAACAAAUAACGUGCAAAAUAAACAGAAAAUCAGUUUGCAUUAGUUGCUGUAAAUUUAUUUGGUAAACUUAUUAAAUUUGUAUCACCAACAUUUGGUGUUUUAUUCAAAUUUUGAAUGAAACAUUGAGUGUCUAACAUGUUUAUGAUAAAUACAAUGAUAUGUGGUGAAAUAUCAUGUUGGUAAAACAUGGUUGAAGCCUUUUGUGUAAUGAAGCCUUUUGUGUUUGAUAUUGGGUCCCCAAACUGAUAUGGCAUGUGAUAUGGAUUGUACCAUGUGACAUUCUAUAUAUAUAGGGCAGCUAAGCACUUAGCUUAAUUUAUGCAUCGGAAGGCCUGCACAUUUCCGAAUUUUCGUAUUAUUUUGCUUCAAAUUAUACACGAGUUAUUUCCCUUUAUAACUUAUAUUUCCAUACAUACUUAACUGCCCCUGUCAAGCAGCUAGGAAUUAUGGGUAGCAGCCUUCCGAUGCGCGCCAUUAAUAAAUUGUCAACAGAGUUUUGUAAUUUGAAGUUUUCUACUAUUUUCAUCAGUUUGUUAGGCCUUCUCACUUAACCCACCCACUUCCUCUCCCGAUUCUUUUAUCUUCUUUUUUAUGUUACUAUAUUGGAUGAUGUUUCACAUGCCUGUUUGAAGGCGGAGUUUGGCAAACCCCACACAGGCUUUUGUUGUAAUUGACUACCAUUGUAAUUUUUAUAUGUUUAUUUUUGGAUAAUUGUGUUAUGCUAUGUUAAUUUUGUAUUGUUAAUUUGUAAUAUGUUUGGAAUUGAUAUUAAAUGUCACCAUAUUCCAUAUAUGGUGGCCAUUUUCAAUAUACACAUUCUUUUUGUUGUCUGUGACAGGACCG